UGCUGCUGCUGCUGGGCCCUGCCGGGGUCGCGAAAGGAGUUUGGAGCGACCUUUGGUUUGCCUGCGGGGGUCGGGAUCGUCCCCGUCCCCCCCGCCACCCGCUCCGAGCUACGUUGCUUCCCUCCGCCCUUUACGGGUUCCCUCAUGGAGACCGUCGCCCCCGUUGCUCCUGGCCCCGGAGCGGGACCGUUUCCCUCGCUUUUCCCCCCGGGGCUACACGGGAUCUACGGCGAGUGCCGGCGACUGUACCCGGAGCAGCCCAACCCCCUGCAGGUCACGGCGAUUCUCAAAUACUGGUUAGGUGGACCGGAUCCUCUGGACUAUGUCAGUAUGUACAGGAAUUUGGGAAGUCCAAAUCAAAAUGUUCCUGAGCACUGGCAUUAUGUAAGCUUUGGACUAAGUGACUUGUAUGGUGAUAACAGAGUGCACGAAUUUACUGGACCAGAUGGACCAAGUGGUUUUGGAUUUGAGCUGACAUUUCGACUUAAGCGUGAAACUGGGGAAUCUGCACCACCCACCUGGCCAGCAGAGUUAAUGCAAGGCUUAGCCAGAUAUGUCUUCCAAUCAGAAAAUACAUUCUGUAGUGGUGACCAUGUAUCCUGGCAUAGUCCAUUGGACAACAGUGAGUCUAGAAUCCAACAUAUGCUCCUGACUGAAGAUCCACAAAUGCAGCCAGUUCAGACACCAUUUGGAAUCGUAACAUUUCUCCAGAUUGUUGGAGUAUGUACAGAAGAGCUUCAUGCAGCACAGCAGUGGAAUGGGCAGGGUAUAUUAGAAUUGCUUCGGACUGUUCCUGUAGCAGGAGGUCCAUGGUUAAUCACAGAUAUGCGACGUGGGGAAACAAUAUUCGAAAUAGAUCCACAUCUGCAACAGGACCGAGUUGAUAAAGGGAUUGAAACAGAUGGCUCAAAUCUAAGCGGUGUCAGUGCAAAAUGUGCCUGGGAUGACCUUAGCCGGCCACCAGAGGACGAUGAAGACAGCAGAAGUAUCUGCAUUGGUACACAUCCUCGACGAUUGUCUGGAAAAGACACAGAACAAAUUCGAGAAACUCUACGAAGGGGACUAGAGAUUAACAGCAAGCCAAUUUUGCCACCAAUUAAUACUCAGAGGCAGAAUGGAUUGAACAGUGACAGAGCACCGAGUCGUAAGGACAGUUUAGAAAGUGACAGCUCAGCAGCAAUCAUUCCUCAUGAACUGAUUCGCACAAGACAGCUUGAGAGUGUGCACCUAAAAUUCAACCAGGAAUCAGGAGCAUUAAUUCCACUUUGUUUAAGAGGCAGAUUAUUACAUGGUCGGCACUUUACAUACAAAAGUAUUACAGGAGAUACAGCAAUCACUUUUGUAUCUACAGGAGUUGAAGGGGCCUUUGCUACAGAGGAGCAUCCAUAUGCAGCACAUGGACCCUGGUUACAGAUCUUACUUACAGAAGAGUUUGUGGAAAGAAUGCUGGAAGACCUAGAAGAUCUGAGUUCUCCAGAAGAAUUCAAGCUUCCAAAGGAAUAUAGUUGGCCUGAAAAGAAACUAAAAGUCUCCAUCUUACCUGAUGCUGUAUUUGACAACCUACUCCAUUAAAGACAGCUGACGCCCACAAGUAGCAGCUUACUGUUUAUUGCCCAAGGACUAAUGGGAGCAUUGAGUAGAGUAAAAGUUGGUCCUGACAAUGUUGCUGCAUAACUACAGCAGAAGAGAGGUUACUCAACAACAGUUCAGCCAGAAAUGCUCAUGUCUGGUUUUUUUUCUUUUUCAUCAUGGCUGAACUCUCAGUAUCUGCGUAUGAAUGAGUACAAGAAUUAGACAGAGGAAGAAAUAUUCCAUUAUGAGUAGCAGCUGUAAUACAUCUUCCACUAUUUUAACUGGCUCUAGAACUGCCUGCUGCCACCUUAGUUCAGGGUUUAUAUUCCUCAUCUGCAUUUAUUGUACACAUUUUUCACCUGUAAGCACAUAAGCACAUGUUCUCCAUAAUGCCAAAUUUCUUUUGUUAACCAGGCUUCUCCUUGGCAGAAUUAUUCCUUUAAUGCAAGUUGCAAUUCCAAAAAGAAAGUAGGAUUCUCUACAUGUAUUGAGAGUAAAUAGAGUAAAAAUUACUCUAUUAUCUUGGCUCCAAGCAUUUCUUGUGGUUCAGCUGCAGUGAAGUUGGGUGGGUGGGUUUGGUUUUUUAGCUCAGAUUAGUUGAGUGUAGCUGAAUUUUAGAACCCAAAUUUUGAGCCCUAUAAUGAAAUGAGCCUUUCAUUUGCUUUUCUGUAAAGAAUGGAUAAUUCACUAGUAAGAUAACAUCCAAAACCAGUUUAAUGAUAAUAAUAUCAGCAACAACUUCCAAAUUGAGCCUGUGAAUAUUAACAGAUUUAGAAAGAAACCUAGCUGUAAUUCAGUUGGACUUAUUUCUAAAAAAAUGUAUGUUAAAUUAUAAGUUUUUAUAUAUUACUUUGAGAAUGUUUGGAGACAAUAAGCCCCCCCGACCCUUUUAGACACUUUAAUUGAUAAGAUAACCCUAAAUUAUUGGAUUAUAAAGCAUAUUAAAUAAUCACUCAUUUCUUUUACUGAUGACCAAGCAAGAAAUAUGAGUGAUUAAUUUUAUAUGCUUUUCUCAUUGUACUCACUGAGCUAUAAAAUGAGUUAAUGGCUUGUCUUAUUUGUAUUAGCACUGUUAGCACUUCUGUUUUUAUGAAAAUUCCUGAUGCUGCACUCUUUCUGAAAAAUUUCCACCAACUCUCUUUGUUUCAGGUCCUAGAGGUGCCCAAGAGCCUGUUAUCUUAUAUCAGCUUUGGAACAAAGCAGUCUAUAAAACAUUUAAGUUUUGUUAAAACCAUCUUCUCACUUUUUAUUAAUGUAAUAGAAAGCUCUGAUGAGCAUUGAUUGAAUCAGGCCUCUCCAGAAAUUGUAAUUCAUAUAGAAGUAUAAAUUAUUUUUGAACUAUGUGAAAAUAUGUACUUUUUACAACAGGGGUCCCCAACCCUUGGGCUCGACCCACCACUGGGCCAUGGCCUAUUCUGAAUUGAGCUAUGCAAGUGGCUGGCCGGAGCGUGUGCAUGUAUGCACAACAACCUACGUGAAUAGCAGGCUGGCGGGCACUCACCCAUAUGUGCACCAGCCCGCUGCUCAAGCAAGUCAACCUGCGUGCCAGCCCGCCACUUGCGCAAAGCCUGUGUGUGCACACAAAGUCGCCCCAAGCCGCAAAGGUUGGGGACUGCUGUUUUACAAUCUACAAAUUUUCAGUGGUCUUCAUCUGUAACUCAAAGGAUAGGUUAGACUCGCAUCGGACAAAAAAGGGAAAACUUUUUUACGCAAUGACAUUUUGGGAAAAGAGAAAGAAAUACACAUUAAACAUGAGAUAGUCUUUAUGCAUUGUGAAGUACUGUAUUGUUAACAGACUUUUUGAAUACUGUGAUGUAUUAACCUGUUCUGAUAUUAGAGAUCAUAAAGCAAGAAGGCUUUGGAAUCUGUAACAUAAGUGAGAGUCUUUUGGAGAGCCUAGUUCCGUGAUGAUGAACCUGUGGCACGCGUGCCACAGGUGGCACAUGGAGCCAUAUCGGUUGGCACGCAAGCUCAGUUCCGGUGUGCAUGCAUGCGCCAGCCAGCUGAUUUUCGGGCCUUUUGGGCCCACUGGAAGUCAGGAAACAGACUGUUUCUGGCCUCUGGAGGACCUCCAGGGGGUGAGAAAGGCCUUUUCUGCCCUCCCCAGACUCCUAGAAAGGCUCUGGAGCCUGGGGAGAGCGAAAAACGGGCCUACUGGGCCCACUGUGCCAUCACGUGCCAAAAGCGGGAUGAGCGGGCACAUGCACAGGGGGGUAGGCGGCAUAGAAUUAUGGGUGUGGCCACGUGCGCAUGCGAUCCCCCCCCCCCGCGCGCUUUUGGCAUGCGAUGGCAAAGAGGUUAGCCAUCACUGGCCUAGUUCAUACUUUGUUUUGAGUAGAUAUUUAAAUAAAAUUAACAGUGUUAAAUUAAUAAUAGAAUAUUGCAAAGAUGUGCAGAGCUAACCGUAAGAUUCUCUGGAGGAAAUGCACAUGGGUGGUGUUCACAUAUACUGUGCAACCAAGAUCAUUAACCAUUAUUUGUUGAACAAGCCAGAAUCAAUUUUCUGGGACAGCAGAGUGAUUGUGACUUUGAUCAGUUUCUUAUUUUCACUCCAUUUCUUCUAUCAUUCAGGUGAUAUUUCAUAGUAUUCUUAACAAAAGUUAAAAGAACAAGGUUUGUUUGUUUGUUUGUUUGUUUGUAGGAAGAUUUGUUCUAUAAUUUGCUCUCUAAUUAAGCAAGUUAAUUAGAGGGCCAAGGGCCAAGUGUGGUGCCCAGAUCUUCUUUUGAUAGCCCUCAGAUCUUCAUCCAACUGUACUGCAAAUGUUGGCACUACAAAUGAUGAAAAUUGCUAGCCUGGUUUCCCACCAUUUUAUGACAAAAUAUUCAUUAAAACUAGUAUAUGGUCUGUAACACACAAUGCAUUUUUUUUAAAAAAAACAAAUCCCCUGCAAAAUCAAGAAAAUUCUACUUCCGCUCAUUUAUCUGAGAGCCCCAUCCACUCCUUUGUACCCUAGGAAAUAUGUAUAACUUCCAUCCUCAAAAAGGAUAGUCCUGAGAAUUUUGUGAUUAUUGUUAUUUUGGCUUUGUAAGAUUGAUGGAAUUGGCGUUGUUUACUUUUUUGUUGUUGGCGGUUUUGUUAAAUGUACACUAUAUUGGGUUUUUAAAAAAGAAUUCGUAGAAUUUAGAGAGCAAUUCUGUUUUGUGUAGGUUUGGUUUCGCCUGUGUCUGUUAUCUGAGUAUGGUUAGUUUUAUUUCUAUGAAAUGGGUAUUUUGUUGAAAUGUGUAUGCUUUGCUUUGGCAUUGGGAAGCAAUUCCCUAUCUUUUCAGGGAGGAGUUAGGCAUGGGGGAAAAUAGCCUGAGUGACAGAAAUGCUGUGUAGUUUUUCCCACAACUGUACUUUUAUUUAGUUUCUGAAGGAACUGAAGUGGGAAGCCUAUUCCUUAAUUUUUAUGCUUCAAACUGUAAUUGGAUCUAACAUCAUUGAAAUGCUUUUAUAUGGAAAGAAAAGUGAUCCCUGCUGGUAGAAACAGAUAUGCUAGAGAAAUGACUAAGCUAGAGAGAGCCUCUCCUACAAGAUCUAAUUUAUUACAUAUAAAUAUUGUGUGUGUGUGUGUGUGCGCACACACACAUUUUAAUUUUAAAAGGACCAGCUGACCUGGAGAAAUGUUCCAACUAAUUCAGUAUCUUGUUUUUUCACAGAUGCCUCUGAGAAUCUCAUAGGUCAAGCUAUAGCAAUAGCAUCCUCUUCACUUCUCAGGACCUAAUACUGAGAGACAUAGUUAAGAUGAUAAAUAAUUGUUUUGAUCGUUGUCAUUCUGUCGUGGGCUCUCGGGAAUUAUUUCCUCCAACUAAAUUAGUUUAUGUAUAUAGUUUAUUUGGAAAUAUAUUCAUUACUGUAAUGGGAAAGUAUUAGUUACAACUGCCUCAUUGAUUUCUCUCUCUCUAGUUAACCCUCAGUUUGUUCUCUUUAAAGUUGAAUAAAAGGAGGCAGAGUCAGUAUACUGUGAAAUGCUAAACUGGAAUUUAAAAACCGUUGUGAAUUUCUCAUGAAGGAUCUACAAGUUAGAGCUAAAUAGUGUCUCAUAGGAUUUUCUGCAAGAUCCUAGUGUUUUCAGUGUUAUGUCCUGCAUGAGUAUUCAUUUUGGAGGGCAGAACUGACCCAAAAUAUAUAUUUUUAAAUGACUUGUCUCUUUGGAUUUCCAGAGAGAGAGCAUUCAGGUUUUUUUUAUCUACUUGAAUGCAACCACAAGUUACUGGCUUGGCAAAUCAAAGGUAUGGUGCUUUUAUGUAUUUUUGUUUAAUCAAUAACAAUUUAUGACUGUUCUAGUUAGUUCCCUAAGGGACAACAUAAUAGAACAGGGUUUGGUCUCUCCUCCAAUUCUUCAUGAGCAGAAACUCACACUGUGGCUAGUUAGGCUGGCUUUUUAUUUUUUCUCAACAUAAGGUAAGAAGAGUUUGCUUUGCACUCUUGUUCUUUGCUUGCUAGUUCCUGAAGUGUUUUACCGGAAAUAGAAGCUUUGGCUGCUCUUCAGUUGGUUUGCACCUGCUACUUAAUCCCUUCAGCACCUGGAGCAGUAAACACCCUUCCUGGCUUGCCGCAACAAUUAUUAACUUUUAGUGCAGCUGUUGCACUAGUCAUAUGCCAGGAUAAUGCUAACAGAGCCACCAGACCAUUCCAGAGUGUUUAACUAUCUAACUAUGAAAAAAUAUCUGUAAGUUAGUUAUCAUACAAGCUGUAAGUAGAAUAGAGAUUUGAAGCUAUUGUACAUGUUGCAAGUUCUGGCCUAUCGCCUGUUUUGCUCUGAAUCCCACAAAAGCACUAAAGAUUUUUGUAAUGCAAAAAAAGUAAAAGGUUCAAAAUAAACAGUUGGAUUGUAUUUAAAAAUAAAUCAUUUAAAUAUACAAUCCUAUCACAAAUAACGUUUUAAACGCAUUUAAAAUCGACGAUAAGCUACUUGAAAUAUGGUAGAAGAGCAAAAAGGAAGAAAGUCAUUGUUUGUUGCAGAAUCAGGUAUAAAAAAAGAGAAGCUGGGCUCACCCUGAAGAAGACAAAAGAAAUAAACAUUUGCAUGGCUAUUACAUUAAAUCCUACAUCUGUAGUCUUCAUAAUAUCUCCUUAGAUUUUAUAUAAAUGUGUACAUCUUGAUUUCAUGUUUCCCUUUUGUUAGAUGGUGGUUGGGCAAAAAAGUAAGAUACAAACCUUUGAAGUCUCUGCAGGAUAUUUUGCAUUUCAGUCUGAUGAUCAGUGCAGAAUUAGAAGUGAAAGCAACUUCUACGGCAGAUUUAAAAAGGAUUGCACUGUCAUUCCAUUACAUUCUCUUUUUCCAGUAGUAGGGACACAAUCACAACAUGCUUUAUAUGACCCCCUUUUGCAUAUGACCCCUAUACAUAAGGGAAGUAAGGGAUUAGAGAACUAUUCUAUUUACAUAAGCAUUUUAAUGGUUUGAGACAAAAAUAUUUAAUACUGUUCCCGAUGAGUACCAUCCUUGCAGUUUUUAGGAAAAGAAAUGAUGCCUUCCAUCUUUGGUAGCCCUGUGGCAUUUCAUUUCCACUUAACCUGUAUGUCCUUUUCUGCUAGACAUCUUGAAUGUCAAAAUUAGUACUGUCUGAUAUAAAUUUAUAAGGACCCCAGACUGACCCAUUCCUUAAUUAACUUGUCAUUAUUAUGUUUCAUAUGUAUUUCUUUUUCCUUUUUCAAAUUGCUUACAUACAAUCAUAGUAAGAGCUUUUAAGCUUUCUACUGUUUUUCCCAAAACAUGUUUCUUAUUUUUAGCCAAUCAGUUUCCUAUAUUGCAAAUAUUUUGAAAGAAACCCUCAUUUAGAGAGUUACGAUAUACUGGUAGUGAGUUCCAGAUGAGAUGAGGGAAUCAUAUGUUUAAACUCUUCAAUUAUAUUUUCUUUUCAGACAUUGUUUUAAGGCUUUGUUGCCAACUAAUUGUUGUGGCAUCCUCCCUAGUCCUUAUUUUCCUUUUCAGGGCAAAAUUACAGAUUUCUUCUGUUACACUCUUAUGAUAUAAAUCUUCAAUGAACAGAAGAAAGUGAUUCUAUGAUCUGUGUUCAGAGUAUAUACCAUAAUAUGGGCACUGUGUUUAAUACAAAUGGCUGUUGUGGGCCCUGGGUUGAUAAGAAGAUGCAGGAGCAUGCAAGUUUCUUGCUGGAUCUUUUAAUUCCAGGUUAAGAUGAACUAGCUUUCUUUCCAGUUUUACUUUCAAGGAUGAACCCCACCCCCCAAACUUACCUUAGAGAAAGAAAAACCUAUUUAAAUAAUUUUAAAAUGUAUGAAAAGGUUCAAAAAUUUAACAGUACUUUAUGAACAAUGCUGCCCAUGACUUAGCUUUUCUGGAGCUGUAUUUAACAAUAGCAAAGACCCAUGGUGUGUGUCUGCGUGUGCGUUUGUGAACAUGUAUGCAAAUACAUGCACAGUUUAAUCUAGUUUAAGGACAUAAAAUUGGUAUUCAGUAGUAGCAAUUCUGAAUUGUACUGCAGCUGAAAACAGCACAUGAGAGUUAAAAGUUUGAAUUGAGGUAGCAUCACACUUCAAAUGAAAAGAAGUAUUUUUCCUUUUUUGAAUGGUUUUAUCUCAAUAGGAACUAAAGUUCUCUAUUCAGCAGAGGGCUUGCUAAUUUUUUUUUCUUUUUGAAGGGAGAAGAACUCUUGUGGGGUGUUAGUUUUAUACUUCAGAUGGCUGUACUGUAGUUCUAGGAAGCUUUAAACAAAUUGAAAUAUACUUUUGGAGAAAUUAAUCCUUAGACUUGUUCAGAUGCUAAUUCUGACUGCUGAGGCUGUUUUGAAAAGCUUCAGCUGAGAUGAACCUUUUUGUAGUUCAUCUGUGUGUGAGUGUGUGCAUAUGUGUGGGGGGGAGCACGUAUGUGUGUGUGUGUGUUCAUUUCUCUACAAAUAUAUUUAGAGUUACUGCAGAAACUGACUGAAAACAGUUUACUUCUCCUGCAGUAAUAUUUCAAUAUUUUAGUAUACCCUUUUUCUACCAAAAAAAAAAAAAGCAAUGAAAACCUAAACUAGCAGUUUUUAAAAUAUUUUAUAUUAGUUUGUAAUGUAUAUUCUUACAUUAUCACAGUGCUGGUAUGAACUACUUUUUUGUAAUAUUUUUGUGAAUCACAAAGCUUUUGUUUCCCUUCUGUGUAUUCAAAGUACAUUAAACCUGUUUGCAUAUUGUG